ACUGUCGGAUGUGCGACUGCUGUGGGACGUUUUGGAGCCCGAACCCGACAGCGCACCGCCCCUCUACGUGCUGUGGAGGCUGCACAGUAACGUCCCCGGGCGGCUGCAGGCCUGGCCCCGCCGCGCCCCCCCCCGUCUCGUUGGCGUUCCUGGAGGCCGUGCUGAGCCACGUGGGGCUGAGCGAGGUGCACAAAGCCAUCGCGCUCUUCCUCGACGCGCCGCCCGCCAUGGGCGGCCCUCAGCACACGCAGAGGAGCAUCUAUAGGGAGAUCCUCUUCCUGACGCUGGCAGCGCUGGGCAGGGAACACACCGACAUCGCCGCCUUCGAUAAGAAGUACCGCUCUGCGUUCAGCAAGCUGGCGGGCAGUCUGGGCAAGGAGGAGCUGCGGCGGCGGCGGGCUCAGCCCCCCAGCUCCAAAGCCAUCGACUGCCGCAAGAGCUUCGGGGCCCUCCUGGAGUGUUAAGGGGGGGUGGGGGGGGGGACUCACCCGGACACCCCUCAUUCUCAGCCCCGCCGGGGGUUUUUUAUGCCGGAGUUCGGAUAGAGCGGUAUUUUUUAUUUAUUCGUCCUGCCGUCACUGGAAGCCCCCCCCUGCAGCGCCGCGGGGUCCGGGGGGGCGCCCCGCACCGUGCAAUAGGGCUCCCCCCCCCUCCUCCCCCCGGGGGGCGCCGAUGUCAAUAAAGCCGCCGCAGUAUUUUCUC